AUGCUAAUUGCAAGUGAUACACUCAAACUGGGCAAGCAUUUUGCCUCGGUUCUUCUUUCCUUGAAGCCCUCUGAGGCUCAACGUUCCAUUCUUCACAAACACCUUGUCAACCUCAAUGAUGCCUUUAUGGCAAGAUACAACGAUAUGCAAAAGGGAUAUUUUAACAACGUGACAGUUCCAUUUAAUCUCGAAACACAGCCAAUCUACCCGUUCGAACUUCCUUAUGGAGGACUCAUUAGAGGCCAGAGUGAAUUGGCCUUGAAAAAUAGACUUAUAGAGCCCCAGAUGCUGAACCUGAAGGCCAGAUGGCCCACUGUGUUUUACAACGACUUUCUAUACAGCGACAGAUCAACUUACCAUGUUCACGUCUCGCUCACGCCGAUCGUGCUCUACGAAUCAGACUCUUCCAUUAUCCACUACAAACGAGAGUUUUCUCGGCUGUGCAAGGGUUUCCGCGAGUCUGGUAAGCACCGCAAUUUCCCGCUUCGACUGGAUGGGAAGGCCACGAUAUUCAGUCGAAUCGACUACCAGAGACUGUUUUUGGCGCUAUAUCUAGAUAAAGAUACUACAGAACGAUUGGACUCGCUUUGUGGGCCGCUAAACAAGAUCAGAUUCUCACAGCCAGACAUUGGCUACGUGAACGGAGAACAGGAGUCGGAUCCCGUGAAAAAGCUUGAUCAUUUGCACUUGUCAUUAGGGAUGAGCGUGAUACGACCUAAACCGUUCGGCAACUUCCCCUUUGGCAUGUACGAGCUAUUCUACUUGAACAAUGUGCUGCUGCUACCAAAAGAGCAGCUUCUUAAGAAAUACCCCGAACACCGAGCUCUGAAUUUCAUCAGCGACGUCAAAACAGAACUGGACCCACAGGAACUGGACAUUUUGCAGUUUGAGAGUUCGCGGCUGGUGUGUUCGCUCGACAGGGGCGAGCUCUGGGAGGACCUGUGA